AUUCUGGGCUAACUGGUUUAAUUAACUGAUAAGAUUCGAAUGUCCUUGCUCUUGGCGAGCACAGUUCAGAAGAAAUUAUAACGUUCAAAGUUUCUUUUCAUGAUUUUACAAUAUUAUUAAAAGCACCUGCCGCAUAAUUUUCUGAGUUUAGAUGCAUUCGAUUUACGACGCAAAGUGCUUCGUCUAAUCGUUUUUAAAGAAUAAGUGGGUCACGCUGAUCCUACUCGAGGAAAGCAUCUUUAAAAUGACUCCGAUAUACUACUUAUUGAUAUUAAGCAGUAUCGUUGGCGCAACGAUAUCGAAGAACGAAUCGAACAUUCUGAGACUCGGUAAAUCUCGAGAAAAAUCAUCGAUUAUCGCCGCCACGCCGAAUUCGAACGAAACCGAUCUCGUAGACGAGAAAGAGGCGUCGAAGGAACGGCGUCCGUUAAUUGGAUUCAGCAAGAACAAUCCGGAACUCGAUUGGAAGAACUAUCUGCAACUGUUCGACGAGAAGGAAGAGGAACACAGAGAUCUGGACGUCGAUUUCAUGAAAGAGAAGCUCGAGAAAACGGCGAACAGCAUCCAAUGGCUGGCGGAUCUUUACGAUCCUCUCAAGUGGGCUAGAUUACCCGGUAAAUUAGACGACGAUUGCAGAAGAGACAUGGAGUUCUUCUUGAAGUCUCUUCAGGAUGGAAAAUUGUGGGCCGCUAAGAUGUCGGACGCAAGCGGUCGAUACUCUUCGCAAUUCUAUUUCGGAAACGGUUUCUGGUUGGGUUCGAGCACUCUUUGCAAGGAACUGAAUGGAACCGAUGGAAAUAUUGAAUCGAACAUCGACGACAGGCCACCUUAUCCGGUGAAAUUCCACGUGGCCAGGAUAGCCCUCAUUUUACCUAAGGAGAUCGAUUUAUCCGAACGACAACUGUUCUUGGGUCUCUGUUUACCAGCUACUUGCGGUCACGUAUCUCUGACCUCGAUGCUAAGAUCCAACGCGUAUCGAGUCGAACUAGAAGGUAAUUCGACUUAUCGAUCUGCGGGACCAAAAAUUCGCGUCGUCUCGGUGAAACCUGUGCCUUCCAGCGAUUACACCGCUUGGAACGAUCCCAAGUUCUAUGUCCUCUCAGGAAUCGGAGGCACGAUACUGUUCCUCAUGGUGUGUGCCACGAUAUACGAGUACAGAACACUGCCGAACAUCGGCGAUGUGGAGUCGUCGAGCGUAUCGAAUAACAACGAGAGGCUCAGCAAUUUUUCCAAUAAAAAUCUGAAUCCAGAGCACGCGACGGGUCAAGAGAACGGCGAAGAGCUGAUCGAGAAAGGAAAAAGUUUGCAGAAGGAUUUGCCCGAUCUGUCGAAAAAGGAGGACAAACGAGGAUUCUGGCUGACGUGUCUGACAGCGUUCAAUCCUAUCGCGAACGGAAGCAAAAUCCUCAGCACAGAGCCUGCGGCCAGAGAUAGUCUGACUUGUUUGCACGGGUUAAGGGUGCUCUCUCUCGGUUGGGUGGUUAUGGUGCACACCUAUCUGCAGGUCUACUCCAUUGCCGAGAACAAGACCCUACGCACGGUGACCGAGAGGAACUUUAUGUUCCAAACGAUCAGCAACGCUACCUUCUCCGUCGACACCUUCUUCUUCAUCAGCGGAUUACUGGUUACGAUCUUGUUCUACCGAUCAUCCGGGAGUUUGAAAAACGACAAGGAAAAUUACACGAAGACUUGCUUCAACAAAUUUGUAAUCAUGAUCGUCUACAGAUUUAUCAGAUUGACGCCGGCGUACCUCUUUGUUCUGGGGAUAAACGAGAUCGCCAUAAAGCACACGAUAUCAAGGACAGUGUUCUCACCAACGAUCAUCGAUCACUUGACCUGCGAGAAAUUCUGGUGGAGAAACGCCCUCUACGUUAGCUCGUUGUAUCCUCGCGAGGAAAUGUGUAUGCUGUGGAGCUGGUACAUGGCAAACGACACGCAGUUUUACGUCCUCGGAAUAUUUUUGCUUCUUCUGUCCAUCAAAUACACGAAGGCGAUCGCUGCCGCUGUUCUACUCGUCAUCGUCUCGUCGUGGUUCACCACCUUUUCUAUCGCCUAUGCCAACGACUACGUUGCCAGGAUCCAAACGCCGUUUGCCCUUUUCGACGAAUUGUACGACAAACCCUGGCUGAGGGCGGGUCCUUACUUUGUCGGCGUAAUCACGGGUUACAUUCUGUUUAAAACGAACUGCAAAUUGAAAUUACCUGUGAUUGCGCGAUUGAUCGGUUGGAUAUUGUCUACGGCCGUAAUGUUUUCGCUGGUUUACGGCCUAUACCCCGGAAAUUUAACGGUGACAGUAAGUUCCGUGUACGUAGCCUUAGGGCACACAGCCUGGGCAAUGGGGGUGUCCUUCAUCGUGAUUCAAUGCUGCACCGGCUCGGCUAAAAUGAUCGACAGCCUGUUGUCACUCAGGCUGAUGUAUCCGCUCUCGCGGUUGACUUACUGCGCUUACUUGGUGCACCCUAUCAUCAUGAUGGUCAACGCAACAAAGAUGGAUGGCCCUUUACACCUUCAUAACGAUAUCGUGUUGAUCCUGUACUUCGGCAAUCUGGUCGCCUCUUAUUUGAUAUCGUUCUGCGUGUCCAUCGCGCUCGAGGCGCCUGUAGUCAAUCUGUUGAAGAUUGCUUUUACCUCGAAGAAAAGGAUCAGGUAGAGAAAGAUCGAACGUGGUGUAUCUCGUGAUCGAUGGUGAAUAAUGGCCUUUAUGAUACCAUUUUCGCAAUAGAUACUCUCCAUUCAGCGAAGGGUAUUAUCGAUUUCGUGCUUUUCUCAGGAAAUAAUCGCGGCCCACUAACAAAGGGAAAUGGUACGGGCCAGAUAUUUUCCGAUGAAACUACAAACCUCCUUUCGUGGUUCCAUUCUCCUCGAUGCUGUUACAUUCGACGAAGCUUCGUAAACUGGAUCUCACGGUUUCUUCUUGUCUGGCUGCGUCGUCGAUGCGUACGCGAUUUCUACCGUUACCGAUGAUUGCAAGACUUCGACUACGAAACGUAAGAUACGCUAUGUUAGAGCUCAGCGAGCGGAAAUUCACUAUAGGACGUAGAUAUACUUUUGACCUAUUAACGAAAAUCAAAUGCAGAUCGAUCCAAAGCCGCAUUUCGAAUUUGUAUUCGCAGCAAAUAGAUACGGUUAAUCGGCCCGAGUUGGCUGCGCGGUAACCAGAGCCUAAUGCUAAUACAAGCACGUGCAUUCCUGCAUUGCCAAUCUAAUUCGCAUGUAGCCUUCUGUAGCUCCUACGAGUACAUCGAUUAAAUUCUAUUCGAAUAUUUCUUCAUACUCGAAUAAAAUUAAUAGGAUAAUGAUUAUAUAAAUUCCCUUUAAAAUUGUAAUUCCAUGUAAUUACUGAAAGGGCAGAAAAUUCAUCGUAAUUUUGCCUCGAAAUUAACGUUUAACAAAAUGCGAUCUACAGUUAUAGAACUAUAAAUUAUAUUAUUA